GGACGCGCUUGUGUAUGUAUAAAGGGAGGAGCGAGCGAUUCGGUCCUCUCACUCUUUGGGAAGACGCGCCGGGUUCACUUCUAAGAUGAAGAUACCUGUCCUGGCCACCUUGCUAGCAUUGACAUCAGCUGGGAGAUACGAAAAUGAAGUCACUUCUUUAGGCUACACCAAAGGAAAUGUACAGAGCAUGGUAGACGUGAGUCAGGGAGGCAGCGACUACCACUUUUCCUGGCGCCACGACGGAGGCAGGAUGUACGAGUGGGCCUUCGGGAACCAAUACUGCGCCAGCCUAGGGAAGGAAUGGCACGGUGUCAGCAUCGAGAGCUUGGAUGAGGAUAGAAGGAUUUCCAGUAUCGUCGCCGGAGACCGUAUGAAAUACAUCUGGACCGGAGGUGUCCGCCAGAACUACAAGUGGCUGUGGCCUUCCGGGGCGGUCUUCGUCGGUCUGAACUGGUCUCCGACUGGAGGGUGAGUGGCUUAAGGCUUGGGUGUGUAGCCUAUGACAUGGGUGAGUGUCCAAGGCUAGUGGCUUGAUACUAGGAAGAGAGAGACUUAUGACAAGGUGACAGGCAGACGAAGAUUCA